GGGUUGGGUGGAACAAGUUGUUAAAAUAAAAAUAGAAUUGGAAAGGGAAAAUUAAUUUUAAAUGGUGGAAAAUCUGGCAACGUGGAAAUAUCAUACAACCACUUGAAAACGCCGACGACGACCACAAUGCUACCAUUUCCUUACGUUCUUCAACAUAAUUCAGAGCUCACAUGGCCAUGGCGACACGUAUUUCUUCUCAAUUCUUCUUCUCCUCUUUCAAUAACGCAAGGAAAGUUCUUGCACAUUUCAUGACAGGCAAUUUUCUAUAUCUGUCGUCUUUGAAGGGAACAGAUGCAGUCAAUCCAGCUAGAAGAUAUUGUAAAGUUCACAGGAAAGCAACCAAAUUAUCAUUUGGCGGUUCUGUAAAGUAUGUUCAGACAGUUUGCAGAAUCUCAGCUCCUGGCACCACUUGGGAAGGUGCUGAUAUUCCACCAGCUGAUGCUUUAAAAGAUAGGAAAGUGGUCCCUGAUUCGGAUCCACCAAGUACUAAAGAUGUUAAUCUAUUGUAUGAAUUUGUUGAUAAAAGUACAAAACUUGUUGCGCUGACUGGUGCUGGCAUAAGCACGGAGUGUGGAAUUCCUGAUUAUAGAAGUCCCAAUGGAGCUUAUAGCACUGGUUUCAAGCCAAUUACUCAUCAGCAAUUUACUCGUUCCAGCCGUGCACGAAGGCGGUAUUGGGCUAGGAGUUAUGCAGGAUGGAGAAAAUUCAAUCAAUCCAAGCCUAGUCCCGCUCAUACUGCAUUAGCAUCUUUAGAAAAAGUCAACCGGUUGAACUUUUUGAUUACACAAAAUGUUGACAGGUUGCAUCAUCGUGCUGGUAGCAGUCCACUUGAGUUACAUGGGACCGUCUAUAUCGUUGCUUGUUUGGAUUGUGGGUUUUCUUUUCCUCGUGAAAUGUUUCAAGACCAAUUGAAAUCCCUAAAUCCAAAGUGGGCAGCAGCUAUAGAGAGUCUAGAUUACGACAGCAAGUCAGAUAAGAGUUUCGGGAUGAAGCAGAGGCCUGACGGUGAUAUCGAAAUCGAUGAGCAAUUCUGGGAAGAAGAUUUCCACAUACCAACUUGCUCUAAAUGUAAUGGAGUACUUAAACCCGAUGUUGUAUUUUUUGGUGAUAAUGUACCAAAGGAUAGAGCUAAUAUAGCUAUGGAAGCUGCUAAAGGGUGUGAUGCUUUCCUUGUCCUCGGUUCCUCGGUUAUGACCAUGUCUGCUUUCCGACUUGUCAGAGCAGCUCAUGAGGCUGGUGCUGCUACUGCAAUUGUAAAUAUAGGCAAGACCCGAGCUGAUGACUUUGCAGAUUUGAAAAUCAACGCACGGCUUGGAGAGAUAUUACCACGCCUGCUCAACACCGGUUCCCUCAGUGUUCCUGCUAUCUGAGUACCUGAAAUAAGUCAACCCGCUGUCUCAACUUAGUCAACUUAUCUUCACAAGCUAAGUAUGUGUAUCUUUAUGUGAAAUUUCGAUUCGAUUGUUCUCUAGCAAGUGUGUUUAUAACAAUUGAGAUGCAUUUUCAAGAAAUGUUGUAUUCAUGCCUUUAAUGAAAGAUUAGCAUUCUUUCAUUUUUACUGAAAUAAUCAGUUGAGUCAAGCACAUUGUGGUAUAAAAAUUGUUUAAUUGAAGUUUUUUCAUAUUU